AUGGGGGAUGACCGCCCAUUUGUCUGCACCGCCCCAGGGUGUGGACAGAGAUUUACUAAUGAAGAUCAUCUUUCUGUGCAUAAACACAAACAUGAAAUGACAUUAAAAUUUGGUCCUGCUAGAACAGACUCUGUUAUAAUAGCAGAUCAGACCCCUACACCCACACGUUUCCUGAAGAACUGUGAGGAAGUUGGACUAUUCAAUGACCUGGCCAAUUCCUUUGAACAGGACUUUUGCAAAGUACAGGAAGAGGAACACAGGACAAAAACCACAGCGUUAUCCUUACAAACACAAUGUGUAACUUCACAAACAAAAUGUAUAACAAAGGAUGAAGAUGAAGAUCCUUUAGAAGUGGAUUCUUCCCCUCCUGAUAGUCCCGAUUCUUCGUCCAGCAUGUCGGAUAUCAGCAAAGACUCAAGGAUUCUUUCAAAACCAGUGGCAAGUUCUGCCCCAACUCCUACUAUUGUACGUCCUGGUUCUCUGCCUCUUCACAUGAGCAAUGAUCCUCUUCACCCAACGCUGCCAUCUCCAACAUCUGUCAUCACGCAGGCCCCACCCUCCAAUCGACAGCUCAGCUCACCGACAAGCUCUUAUCCCCUCGUAAGGCACCUUGCUAAUGCUAAUGGUCAAACAGUCCCUCUGUUGCCCAGUCCUGUGCAGAUGACAUCAGUCAUAUCGCUGGCGAGGCACGGGAACUCUGUGCCCAACAUUCCUGGGAUCCCAGGACCCCCAGUGGGCGGUGCCAGCAGCGGUUCAUCCUCCCCAUCAGGUUAUCAUCUGCAAUCUGAGACCAAGAUGCGCUUGAAGGCAGCCCUAAGUAAUCAAGGCUCAGGAGCACAUGAUGUUGGUGGUGGCGGUUUGGGGGCAGGUUCCUUCCCAGCCGUACCGCAGAAACAGGAACAGAGCCAGCAACCCACUCAAAAUUCAGAUGCACCAUCACCUGCCCAACCACAGGUGUCCCCUGCGCAGCCAACUGGAGGCCGGCGGCGGCGAGCCUCUGAGAUGGACCCGGAUGAGAGGAGACAGCGUUUUCUAGAAAGGAACAGAGCAGCUGCCUCACGAUGCAGGCAGAAACGAAAGUUGUGGGUGAAUUCUUUGGAGAAGAAGGCAGACGAUCUUGCAAGCAUGAAUGUCUCUCUAACGAAUGAAGUAACGCUCCUCAGGAAUGAGGUGGCUCAGUUGAAGCAGCUCCUCCUUGCCCACAAAGACUGCCCUGUCACUGUUAUGCAGAAGAAAGCUGCUUUCUUAGGUGCAGGAGGAGAGGAAGCCCCCCGAGAGAUCUCAGCCGAACCAAUCGGAUCCCCCGCAGCGGUCAUCCAGCACGGGCCGUCUCCAUCGGCCCCGCCCUCCAGCCCUGGGCCCACCAUCAAUGGAAUGAGCGUUCGCGCCGCAGAGGCGGUGGCCAUGUCCGUCUUGGCCGGCAUGGGAUCGGGCCAGCCAGGAGGGGUCGUCAUGGUGACGCAGUCCCAGCCAACAUCGAGAUGA